GCUUCGGUAAACGACUGUAUUUUGAAUGCGAUGGAUACAUUUAUGGAGGAAACUUGCAUCUCGUUUGAACCAGCAACUGAAAAUGCUGUAGUGUUCAUGCAGUCCGGACACUGUUCAUGGCAAGAGUCGAACAAUACGGUACAUAUGGCCACUGAAUGCACAAAUGAAGAAACAUGUUAUCUGAUCCUAUCGCAAGUGUUAGCCGUCGAGACACCUGCCCAUCACUCACACAUUCCUCGUCUUUUGAACCUCAAAUACAAUUGUACAGAUCGUUGUACAUUGAUCUGCGAAAAUGGUGGAACGGUGACGAACAGUUGCGAAUGCGAGUGUGGUUACGGGUUUACCGGCGACAGAUGCCAAACUUUACAGAAACAGCAUCUCUUUAACGAUCCAUCUUGUGGUGUUGUCAAGGGAUCUCAAGCUGCUUUGAGUUCUUAUCCACGUCCAACAAAAGGUCCAAUAUUCUGUCAAUGGUUAAUCAAAGCACCGCCAUCAGACUACAUCGAAUUUUCAAUACAAGAUCUUGAUCUUGAUUCCGAAAAAGUUUUCCAAACUGAAUCUUGCAAUGACGUAUUUAACAUUUGGGGAUCUCAGCAAAUUACAAAUCCAAUACCGUGUGACGCUGCCAAUGUUGAAAGUCUUAUUGGGAAAACCUUCAAAAGUGAUUCUGACUGGGUUUUGAUAGAAUUGAGAAUGAAUCCAUGGUCUGAGAUGGCUCAUAAGGGGCCUCUAGUUAAAUAUCGUUAUGUUACACCGUCAUCUCAUAAAGGUUUUAAAAACAGAUUUAUUUUUUUUCUUUUGAAGAAAUAA